AUGAGUGCCUCCAAUGUCAAAUAUCUUAGAGGUAAUUGUCUGGCGGGGACAAUUUCCCACCCACGAAUCCUAAUACACUCCUGUAAUUGUAAUGGUUCAUGGGGUGGAGGAAUAGCAUACCAAUUGGGUGUCAAGUAUCCCAAAGCCGAGAAAGACUACAUUGAGAUAUGCGAAAAGUUCGGAUCGCGCCUUCUAGGCAAAUUUGUUUUGAUACCAAGUUACUCUGACUCUACGCUGCUAAUAGGAUGUCUCUUCACAGCAUCGUUUGGGGGACCUAAUCAAGGUUCUGGCAAGACCAUUCUGGAAAACACGCAGUUGGCUCUAGAAGAUAUGAGAGUCAAAUUAAAGGGUGGCAAACUAAACCCGGGAAGUGACGUUGACGGGUUCACCUCUCAGAUGAUGGAAAAAGUCAAGGCUAAAUUGCGCUACCGGCUCGAUGAAUAUGCUCUCGAAAUGCCUCAGAUCAACAGUGGCAUAUUUGGGGUUCCAUGGCCCCAGACAGAGAAGCUUUUAAAGGAGCAGCACUCUCUUUCUUUCGCAGUUUAUGUACUAUAA